AUGAAGCGUCAGCUUUCUAGUCUACCAGCUCUGGUCGAUGACAUAAGACUUAUCAAAGAUGAACUGUCGGAGCUAAAGAUAGCCUGCGAUUUCUCCCACGCGAAGGUAGAAGAAUUCAAUGCCAGGCUAAUGGACGUUGAAUCUAAAGUCACACAGAUUGGCAAUACUGACUUAAGCACACUUCAUGCCGAAUUGGCAAAGGCAAAGCAAGAUCUUUCUGCGCAAGAGCAGCGAUCACGGUUAAACAAUGUUGAGAUCAAGGGCAUCCCGCUUAAAAAGGGUGAGAACCUUUUCUCAGUAAUGGAUGCAAUUGGACGCAAGAUCGGUUACGCAUGUCCGAAGUCGCAAAUCAAUUACAUCUCUAGAGUCCCCAUGUACAACUCUAAUGAGAAACUAAUCAUCGUUAGUUUCCUCAACAGAUAUUUUAAGGAAGAUUUUAUUGCUGCUGCGCGGUGUGUCAGGAACCUAUCUACCAUCGAUUUAGGACUUCAGGGAGUACCACAACGUGUCUAUGUUAACGAUCAUUUAAGCACGGAUAUGAAAAAACUGUUAUCCAAUGUUAAAAACAUUGCUAAAGAAAAGCAAUACGAAUAUGUGUGA